AUGGGGCUUGAUUAUUUUUUCAUGCAUGCAAAAUAUAACAUACCGCCAGCAUUGGCUAUCACAAUAUUCUACGGUCCAUUUUUCACACGCACAGAUAUCCAAAAGAUCUUGAUACUUUCGGUGAUAGCUGUCAUCUGGACAACUCCAUGGGAUUCGUUCCUCAUUCAUACUCGCGUAUGGACAUAUCCUACCGACUCCAUUGUCGGAUACACUCUUUUCAAUAUACCACUCGAGGAGGUAUUCUUUUUUAUCAUCCAAACGUAUAACACCAGCAUACUCUACAUUUUGCUUGGACCGUUUGGCCACCCAGACCACAUCAGCCUGAUAUUAUGGAGAGAUGUUGGUACCGUUUUCUUUUCAGGAGCGGCAGCUCUGGGAAUGAUGUGUAUCUAUUACGGUGGGCUAUACACGUAUAUGGGCUUGAUUCUCACCUGGGUGUCCCCAAUCAUGCUCCUCCAAUGGCUCUUGACAUAUCGCUUUUUGCUGGCCCUUCCGCUUGUCAACACUUUGGUUCCUAUCCUCCUACCGACCACAUACCUUUGGUUGGUGGAUACAGUUGCCCUCAGGAAAGGUACAUGGAUUAUAGAGCCAGGAACUAAAUUAGGUAUCCAGAUCUGGUCUGGUCUAGAGAUAGAAGAGGCACUCUUCUUUUUUGUGACUAAUCUUAUGAUUGUUUUCGGCCUUGUUGCAAUUGACAACGCAAUUGCGCUGCAUGAGUACAUGGUAUUUACGUCCACCAGUCCUGUUGGCGAAUCGCCUUCAAUCGCCAGUCUCAUUUUACCAUUUGUCAACGAUAAUCGGCAAUACGACCUUGAUUUACUCCAGAAUUUUUCCCAGGCUGUUUCAAUUCUGCAAAAUAAAAGUCAGAGUAUGUGGUUGGGGAGCACGACCUUUGAAGGCCAGCUACGAAUGGACCUGAUUGCAUUGUAUUCGUUCUGUCGCAAGGCGGAUGAUUUGAUUGAUGAUGCACCUGACCGUGAGAUUGCAAAGUAUUGGAUCAAGGAAUGUGCCAGAUCGUUGAAUGUGAGGUUUGAUUCCGUUGGAACGAAAACCGAGGACCCAACUGCCUAUCUCAGAUUGACGGAAUGGAUUCCAGCCCCAUUGUAUGGCCCGCUCUAUAUACUGCCAGUAUCCCGGCUCUUGAGGGAACCACUUUUCUGCCUCCUUGAAGGGUUCAAAACAGAUUUGGAAUUUGAUAUCAAAAGGAACCAAUUCCCCAUUGCAACGGAGAGAGACUUGGAGCUAUACGCCUACCGUGUAGCUGGUACUAUCGCAGAACUUCUUCUCGAUAUGGCUUUUCGUCAAUAUUCACCCACCAUUGAUGAUGCCGACCGUUUUCAAAUUAUAUCCUCUGGAGAACGCAUGGGUCAAGCUCUGCAGUAUGUGAAUAUUGCACGUGACAUUGUGCAGGAUGCUUCCAUAGACAGAGUCUAUAUUCCAACAUCAUGGCUCUCUGAUGUGGAGCUUACACCCUCACUGGUGGUCAAGAAUCCCAACGACCCCAGAAUUGCUAUUCUUCGAAGACGACUUCUUGAUAAGGCAGAUACCUGUUACAGAGGGUCACAAGCCUCGAUUGAUAGGCUCCCGUCAAAUGUCAGAGGCCCUAUUCGAGCAAUCGUGAUGAGUUACAUGGAAAUAGGGCAUGUCAUCAGAGAAAAUGAAGGAAAAGCCGGGAACGAGAGACUGAAAGUGUCAUUCUGGAGAAGAGCUAAGGUUGCAUGGUUGGCGAUGGCCUUGUAG